UUCUAGCAAGCACCGAGAAGCGCUUGGCAGCCAGAUGAGUGCAUUCAGGGCUAACAUGUAAACCCUUGGCUUCUCCAACUCUCCUACUCCCUGCCUCUCGGGCGCUUUGCAGCUCCUUAGCAUUUGGGUUUUUUUUUUUUUUUUCUGCCAGAGGGGUGGGUCAGAGCUGUGGAGAGGAAGGCAUUGCUUGUGUGCUGCUGCUGGCCCUGGGACUGCAUGGUUGGCAGACAGGUUGAUGAGCUGCAUAAUAACUGACCGGCCACUGGGUUGAACUGAGGAUAACAAUGGAACACAUUCGUCCAUUCCAUAAAUAUUUGCCAGAUGCCCGUGACUUGAGGGGAGAUUCAACAUCUUAGACUACUCCAGAUCAGAAGCAGAUGCAACGAAGCUUGCCUAUGGCUGGAGGAAGAAACAACACAGUUGUGACCAGAUUCAUCCUCCUGGGGUUUUCAGAUCAACCUCAAAUGAAGAUUUUCCUUUUCAUGCUCUUUCUGGGAAUUUACCUCCUGACCCUAGCCUGGAACCUGAGCCUCAUCACCCUCAUCAGGAUGGACACUCACCUCCACACACCCAUGUACUUCUUCCUCAGCAACCUCUCCUUCCUAGACAUCUGUUAUUCGUCCUCUACUGCCCCCAAGAUGCUCUCUGACAUCAUCACAGAUCAGAACACCAUUUCCUUUGUUGGCUGCGCCACACAAUACUUUGUCUUCUGUGGACUGGGGCUGACUGAAUGCUUCCUCCUGGCAGCCAUGGCCUAUGACCGGUAUGCUGCAGUGUGCAACCCACUGCUCUACAUGGCUCUCAUGUCCCAUACUCUGUGUUUGAAGUUGGUGUUUGGCGCCUAUAUGGGUGGCUUCCUUAGUUCUCUGAUUGAAACAUGUUCUAUCUACCAGCAUGAUUUCUGUGGGCCCAACAUAAUCAACCAUUUCUUCUGUGACCUUCCUCCAGUCCUGGCUUUGGCCUGCUCUGACAUCUUCACCAGCCAGGUACUGGCCUUCAUUUUUGGUGUUGUUGUGGGGGUAAUGUCUGUCCUAGUGAUCCUCAUCUCUUAUGGAUACAUUGUUGCUGCUGUCCUAAGGAUCAGCUCAGCUAAAGGUAGGAUCAAGGCCUUCAGCAGCAGCGCAUCUCACCUGACUGCUGUGACCCUCUUCUAUGGCUCUGGUCUCUUCAUGUACAUGAGACCCAGUCCCAGAUAUUCCCUCAGCCAAGACAAGGUAGUGUCUGUAUUCUAUGCUGUGGUGAUUCCUCUGGUGAACCCCAUUAUCUAUAGCCUCAGAAAUAAGGACAUUAAAAAUGCCAUGAGGAAAGCUGUGGAAAGGGACUACAUACUUUCUCAUGCAUUCAUUUUUCUGACACUGGGUAGUGUUUGUUUACAUGAAGAUCUGAACAGAUCAAUGUUUCAGAAAUUUAUGUAGCUUUGACUACUUGAUCUUCAAGAUGAUCUGAAUGAUUUCUAAGAUAAACAGCACGAAUACAUUGAGGUUCCAAAUGUUCUCCUUAGUAGAAAACCUCACCAUGACAAAAUAAUAUUCUAUAACAUCAAAAUACCACUUGUCUGUACUUUAGAUAUGAGACAUGAGAAAUUGAGCUGGAGCUCAGAUGGAAGCCUCCUCCUUGCUGGCUACCAUCAAUAGCACCACAGGGUGUUAUAUAGGCUGUUAGGAGGGAAGUCAUCAACAAUAUCACCUAGCCAAGGACCUUGCCUAUUACAAUAGCCAACUGAUUGAUAAUAUAUGCUCUCUGGACCAAGAGUGGCACGAAUAUUCUAGAGGAAGUCUAUAAUUUCCUGGUUGGAUCUGAAACCUGUUCUAUUGGAGGGAAUAUAUGCACCUGGUACUAUAAACAUGACCUAAAGACUGUGGCUAAGGAGGUCACACCACUUUGUGAGAGUUUCCUGAUAAUUCACUACUAACAAAUGGAUAUGUAGUUCUGGGCAUGAUAUCUUAUGCCUUAAAUCCCAGCACUUGACACAGAAGCAGGCUGAUCUCUGUGAGUUCAAGACCAGCCUGGUCUACAAAGUAGAUUACAAACCAGCCAGGCUACACAGUGAGUCUCAGUUUAAAAGCAAACAAAAAGUAUGGAAACUGCCUUCCAAGUAUUUAUGCUUAUAUCCUUAAAUAAUGCAGCUCUUAGUCUUUGUCAGAGAAGUCUUUUGUUAGUGGAAGCUGAUUAAACAGAGAUUCAUGACUGGUCAAGGUGCUGAGAAUAAGUGACUUUUGAGUGUUCAACUUUAAAUGGUGCAUUUAUAUGACCUGCUCUGUCCCCCAAGGUUCUGGGAAUAACAUGGACAAGGAGAAAAAGGAAUGCAAAAGCAUGAGCUUGGGGGUGAGUGCUAUGAAAUUCUAUCUUCUAAAAAUGACAUGGCUAUUGAACUCCUGAAUUCACAGCAACUUUGGUUACCUGUACAAGAUCUACAGGAGAUAGAGUCCUCCAAUGUCCUAUAUACUCCUAACUUAAGAAUCAUUGGAAGCUAAUGGUUCCUGAGAUAGAGUGGGGCCACAUUUCUUCAUUUCUUUAUUUCCCUCUGUUAAACUGUCCAAGAUCCAGUAAACAGCUUCACAUCCAUGCAAAUGCAAUAAAUUGCAGUUAAACUCAGUGGGCUAUUUUAAAAUGAGACCAAAAAACCAUGAAAAGAAGAGCAGGAAGUGUUGUGAAGAAUAAUAUUUCCAGAAGGAAAAUAAGGGGGACAAGAGAGAAUAAUGGAAGGUGAAUAUGAUCCAAACACAUUAUAUACUUGUAGAAAUUUUUAAAGAAACUAUCAGGUUAUAUUUUUAAAAGAAAUACAUUAGCCGGGCGGUGGUGGCGCACGCCUUUAAUCCCAGCACUCGGGAGGCAGAGGCAGGCGGAUCUUUGUGCGUUCGAGGCCAGGCUGGACUGAUAGCCUCCGAAACAAUACAGAGAAACCCUGUCUCGUAAAAACAAAAAACAAAAAAACAAAAAAAAAAGAAAUACAUUAUUUUAUCUAAAGCCUUCAUACUUAUGUUCAUUCAAAAUAUUAAUGGUUUGCCAAAGAACAGUGUAUAGGUACUUGUAUGGUUAGGGUUCCUUUUUUGAGUUUCAUUAUUUUACUAUCUUUAAUUAUGAAUUAAAGCAUGUGUGUGUGUUUGUGUGA